AUGGGAAAGGAUGGGGAGUCCAACACACACCCCGUAACCCUGGUUAACAGUCCAGCAGCUAUAAAACCAUACUUUGGGGUUCCCACUUCCAUCGUGCAAAUCUUAUCCCUUUUACGAUGCUUCGUCGGUGGGCUUGCAUGGGCCACCGACACAGAUGCCCUGGAGAAGGCUUUCUCUGUAUACGGCGAAAUCGUUGAAUCGAAGAUAAUCAACGAUCGUGAGACCGGAAGAUCCAGGGGUUUUGGAUUUGUGACCUUCUCUUCGGAGCAGUCCAUGAUAGAUGCGAUCCAAGGGAUGAACGGCCAGAGCCUUGAUGGCCGUAACAUCACUGUGAACAAAGCUCAGUCCCGUGGGGGAGCCGGAGGCGGAGGCGGAGGCGGCGGUCGUGGUGGAAGUGGUUAUGGAGGAGGCGGAGGGUACAACCGCGGUGGUGGUGGAUAUGGUGGCGGUGGCGGUGGUGGAUACGGUGGUCAUCGUGACGGAGGAGGAUUCAACCGUAACGGUGGAGGUUAUGGAGGAGGUGGUGGUUAUGGCGGUGGCAGAGACCGAGGUUAUGGUGAUGGUGGUUCUCGCUACUCUCGCGGUGGUGAUGGAGGAGAUGGUAGCUGGAACUAG